AUGAGGGUUGGGGAAACCCUUCGCAGUUAUCCCAGCUGGUAUUGGGAGCUUUACAAUGAGAUAGGUGGGGGCAACGAAAAGAUUGUAGUGAGCACCUUUAGGAUGGGGCUCCCUGAGGACUCUGGACUACAAGAAUCGUUGAUGAAGAAGCCUCUCGAGGAUAAGAGACAGCUAAUGAGGCGUAUUAAGGAGUACAAACGUCUUGAAGAUGAUCGGCUACAGAGCAAGGGUAAGGCCCUACUAGUGAAUCAUCCUCGGCAGCCCGGAUUUAUGCCUCGGGCCCGAAAGGAUCUAAGAAUACAAGAACCGGAAGUACAAAUGGGAGAGGUGAAUGUGAUGUUCAAAGAGCCGGUGCACAAGAUCAUAGAUUGGAUUAAAAAUGAGCUAUAUUUCAGAUGGCCAAACAAGAUGAGAGGUGACCCGUCUCGGAGAAACCAAAGCUUGUAUUGCAUGUAUCAUAAGGAUAAGGUUCAUAACACCGAGCAAUGUCGGGUAUUGAAAGAUCAUCUAGGGUAG